AUGGAUCCGGAUCCCAAAUUCAGGUUCCUAGAGAACCACCAUAUUCUGGAGUUUGGAUUGGAAGAAGACUUUAUCACGCGACACGACUUAGCAGUGAUGGUGCGGGAUCUCUUUAUGCGGGACCUGGAUCUGACACGCCUCAAUCGUGGACUCUCAGGCUAUAUCCGAAUGUUUCGACCGCAGCUUGACAAUAGUGCCUCGGUUGAUGUGGAUGAUCCAGGAAUGUACUGGAAGACUUUGAUGCAGAUUGUUUGUCUGAUGAUGGCGCUCUGUAUGCGGGACAAGCAGGAUAUGGCGUAUUACAGUCCAGUAGAGGACCUGAAACAGCGGUGGGAACAAAGGACACGGGGAAAACGCGACACGACCGUCAACUUGCAGCGGAUAUCAGAUUCUGCAAUGGCGUGGAUGUUUGAAGUCGCCACACGGGCAGCACAAGAUACAAGUCGACUGUACGGACUGUAUCAAAACACUUUAAGGCUGAUCAUUGUGCAACUUGAGGUAGCUAUUCAGGAACUCGAUCCGCCUCUUAACGAAAAUAACCUUGUCGACAACCUAAUGGAGAUCCGAGACAACCAAGUCGCGUCUUUACGCCGGAAUUUCGAACAAGUCGGUCAGCCUGCCCUACCGGAUAUUGAUUCGGAUUGGUUUGAAGAGCCUUACGACGAAGAAGGGACGGUGCGCGAGGAACGGACACUGGAAUUCACCGCGCAGGAAGAUACGGAGUUCAGUGCUCGGGACAGAUACGAACACGAGGGAGGAUUGACUUCAUCUGGCGAGGUCGAGGAGAAGGUGGCUGGUGUUGAGGAAGGAGAAAAUGGCGCUGAGGACAAGGCGGAUGGCAUCGAAGACACGCCAGAUAGUGUUCAAGAGAAAGAGACCGUCGCGGAGGAGAGAGCAGAGGAGACGAAUGCGACUGUUAAAGUUGAGGACGAGGAGGAUGAAGAGGAAGAGGAGGAGCCGUUGAUGCGACGGCGUAAGGCACCGAGACAAGCUUACCACCCAUUCGGAAUUGCGCCGGACGGGAGUGGUUUAAGAGGCAUUAACGGACAGUCCAGAGGCGUCGCCCUCUCGUUUACUCGAUCCGGAUUGGAAAAUCUCGCCCAAGCAAGUCUCCUCCUCUCCAAGAGUGUCCACAACAAUGUCGCCAAAACUGUCGUGCAGGACUCGUUGAGCGCUGAUUUAGCACCCACCGCCGCAGCCGGGAUUAACUUACAACAAGCCUUGGCAGCACAGCAAUCCUCAAUAGCACAGCAGACUUCGACCUCAACAGCUCAAAAAAACUCAACAGAACAAGAGACCUCAACAGCACAACAGACCACAACUGCACAACAUACUUCAACAACACGGCAAGGCCAAGAACAGAUAAUACCGUUGCCAAAACGCAAACUAUCCCAGACACCGCAACCAGAACCAGCAACAAAACCAAGACCACUAUCGCCAUCAAAAGAAUCAUCACCAACACAUAAAACAGCAGCCACAACCGCAUCCCCAGUAGGAACCCCGGCAGGAGCACCACCAAAAUCCCUGCUAGCGCCAGAGCGAGUGGGGGUGAAGCAGUCGGAACCGGAUCCAUUUAUCAGCAUCAAGAAGACGAAGAGAGUGUUUAAGGCGCCGAGCGAUUCAGAGUUUGAGGAUGAUGACACCGAUGUACCGCCCCGGGAGCUCAAAAAGAAGAGCACGAAGGAAUCGGUGCCGACUCCUCCCCUUUCCGAUAAGCAGUCUCCUGCGCAUGAUCGCUUCCAGUCGACGAUGGAUGCCCUUCAGGAAGCGGGAAAGGCGAUGCGACAAAGUGGCAGUAAUGGCAACAGCAGCAGCAGCAGUAGUGGAUCGGCUGGACCGAGCAACCGGAGUGGGCCUCCAGUGACCAGUGUUUCCCAAGUGCUUCAAAAUCGAACUCCUCUCAAGGAGAAACGGAAAUACCGGCCGUGGAGCUCCGAAGAAGUCAAUCGGCUGAUGGAGCUCGCCCCUCAGUUCUUGCAUGACCCGACUCAAGGCGAUGCUGAGGGACGGAAGAAGCGGAAUGUCAAAUGGGCACAGCUCAAGGCACACGACGAGCGCCAUGGGAAUGUGCUGAAGCAUAGGACACAGGUCAACUUGAAGGACAAGUACCGCGAGAAGACGGAUGAGGGCCAGCACCGACAGGAGGUCAUCAUGAUCAAUAGAGCCAAAGCGGAUGCCGUCCCCCAUCACAAGUUUUCUACACCCAAGCGCGGUUUCUGA